AUGGUCGAAAUCGUCGAGGAAACCGAUGAUCAUCAAUCUUCGUCUUCUGGAGCCGGAACUUCAAGCACGUCGAAUGAGCAGCCACGACAACCAACGUACACUUCGAUUUCGCAAUAUGUCUCGGCAAACACGAUGGAUUGUGUUCUAUUCGCAUCUCGUGUUCUGACAGUGUUCUUCGCUUUCAACUACAUGAUUCCAUUCCUCGGACUCGUUCAUCCACAAUCUGCAUACUACAAAAUCUUUGCUGCUUCCGCCGCUACAUUCGCUCUCCGUCUUCAUACGAGAAUCCAGGGACAAUUCGCUCUGAAUGCUCAAUUCGUUCAACGAUUGGUGAUUGAAGAUGCAUUCCAUUAUCUCGUUUACUCCGUUGUGUUCUUGAUGGCUGCUCCAGUUAGUAUGGCUGCACUUCCAGUCACAAUCUAUGCUGCACUUCAUGCAUGCACUUUCUUGACGAAAAUGCUGCGUGAAACCGGCCACAACCUCUCAUUGGUGCCGAAACUCGAGCAAUUCACCGCCCAUCAAACUCCAAAUGCCCUCGGAAUAAUCGCUUGCUCUGAAAUCUUCCUCGUCCCUCUUCUCGUUUCUCUAAUUUUCAGUGGAAAAGGAUCUCUUCUCCUUCCAUUUGCCUAUUACCGUUUCCUUUCACUAAGAUAUGCAUCUCGUCGUAAUCCAUCGACUCGUCAAGCAUUCUCUCAGAUGAGAGGAUCCCUUCAGAAUGUUGCUCAAUCAGCCAGUUGUCCAUCGAUUGUCAGCUCAUUCAUUUACAGAGCAAUUGACUUUAUCUCAGCUCGUGCUCCUCCAGUUAUGUGA